GCAUUACUGACAUAGUAGUAAGUCGAAUCAGUCAUUUGAAGAGAAUGCUUAUCCACCACGCUUCAUAGAUUCACAUUAGGCCGAAAAUCAACAAACAACAACGCAGCUCUAUGUCGAAGAAGAUGCCAUACAUCAAUGUGGCGUUCAAAGGUGACCUUCUAGCCGCCAUCCUAAAGAGAAAAAUAUCUAACGCCCUGAAAGCAACUUUCUCUGCUCCUACAUUACGACUCAUAUUCCCAAGCCGCCAAUUGUUCUUCAACAACUCAAAAGAUAAACUAUCGCAUCUGACCACUUCUAUGUGUAGCUGUCAAUUUACUUGCUCAUAUGGAGCGAGAUAUAAAGGACGUUCGGAACAUGUUUUAUCUAAAGCAGUCAAAAAACAUUAUCUCACUUGGCUACGAAAACGUAGCAGUGGAUCAAUAAGGAGUGCUACAAUUGAACAUAUAUUCAACAUUGGUCACUCAAUGAAUGUGCAAGACGAAUUCAUUCAAAGUCAUCUACAAAAUCAAAAGAAGCCUGCCGAAAACGGUAAGC